AUGGCAAAAUCUACCCUUCAAUUGCUUCUCUUGAUCCUCCAUGUCUUGUACAUUUUCGAUACAGGUGAGUCUGCAGCCUUGGAAAAUAUUGUUAAGGCCCGCACUGCGUUGUCGACGAGCUUAGCAACAACUGGAUCUGUAAAAGCAAAUAUGUUGAUGCUAAAAAACCUUAAGGGACUCAAGGCCACAGAUUACAAAGUCUUGAAGGAUUGCUUGGGUCAUGUUGAAGAAAGUGUGGACAAACUUAGCCAAUCAGUACGAGAACUUAAGUUCUUAGGUCAAGUCCAAGGUGACAAGUUUUUCCCUCACCAGAGCCAUGUACAAACUUGGACUAGUACUGCCUUAACUGAAUUAAACGAUUGUGAGGAAGGAUUGUCAAGAAAAGAUCUAGAUGGAAAAAUUAAGGACUCGAUACGGGGACAAAUCACUAAUGCUAAGAAACAGAUUAGUAAUGCACUAGCAACAAUUAACCAAUUGGCACAAUGA